UGCCUUGCAGUUCGGUACAAUGGAGUACGGAUUUUUCGAGGUCUUUGUUGGACUUACAGUUUUAAUAAUUGCUCUCUACUACUAUCUAACUUCUAACUUCGAUUUCUGGAAGACACGUAAAGUUGCAGGACCAAAGCCGAUCCCACUUUUUGGUAACUUCAAGGAUAUCAUAUUAGGAAGAAUACAUAUAGCCUUGCAGGUGGCACAAUUUUAUAACGAGUUCAAAAAUGAGCCGAUGGUCGGUAUUUUCGCGAAAAGCAGUCCAAUGCUGAUUUUGCGGGAUAUGGACUUGAUCAAGGAUGUCCUAAUCAAGGAUUUCCACGUUUUCUGCGAUCGUGGAACUUUCAGCUCAAAAAAAGAUCCCCUCAAUCAAAACCUCGUCAACCUGGAGCAUGAGAGGUGGCGACCGUUAAGAAACAAGCUGUCGCCUGUUUUCAGUUCAGGAAAACUAAAGGAAAUGUUUUAUUUAAUGGUAGAUUGCGCCGAUCAUUUUGAAAGGUACGUCGAGAAAAUUGCGGAAAAACCUACGAUCACGGAGUGUCGGGAAUUGACCGCCAAGUUUACCACACAAACCAUUGGUGUAUGUGUGUUUGGCUUGGACACCAACGCUAUUGCCGACGAGAAUAGCGAAUUUCGGAGAUUCGGAAGGGCUGUUUUCGAAAGCAGUUUUGGUAAUAUUCUUCGUCGCAUACUUCGUGACUUUGCACCUUUUUUAUUUGAACUACUAGGAUCGCUUAAGUUUAACAGCAGGAUGGGCUUCUUCGUUAAAUCGAUGACGGAAACGAUGACAUAUAGAAGAAAAAAUGAAGUGAGAAGAAACGAUUUUAUGGAUCUGCUAUUGGAGUUGCAAGAUCAGCCCGAACAAAUGGGCAACAUGGAUGUGAAUGACAGAUUUUUAAUUGGCCAGGCUGUAGUAUUCUUUGCCACUGGUUUUGAAACGUCAGCUUUGACAAUAAGCAAUGUAUUUUAUGAAGUAGCUCUGAAUCAAGACAUUCAAGAAAAAUUGCGACAAGAUAUUGAAACUCAAUUGGAAAAAAAUGAUAGAAAGUUAACUUAUGAUUGUAUUAAAAGUAUGACUUAUCUUGAUAAAGUGAUUAAAGGACCACGAACAUUGAUACAAUACCACAAUCCAUAA